AUGGAGAAAUUGGUGAUUUUCGCCUUUUUGGGGCUGGUUCUGGGUUCGAGUUUCGCCCAAGGAGAAGGAGAGGAGGCUGUGGAAGUGGAGAAGCUCUACGGCAAAUGGUACGAGGUGGCCCUGGGUUCGACCUGCCGCUGGGUCCAGGCCAAUCGCGGCCGCUUCACCGCCGGGACUCUGCUUCUCGGUCCGGGGAAGGCGCCGGGGGAACUCACCGCCACCAGCACCCGGCUCAGGCAAGGGGCUUGCCGGGAAUACACCCAGGACUACCAGAAGGGCGCCGAAGAAGGAAGGUUCAAGUUCCAAAACGCAAGGUGGAAGGCGCACGGCGAGACUUACGUGGCGCACGCCGACCCCGAGGAAUUCGCCAUCUUGGUGACUGAGAAGAACAGCAGCCACGGGCUCAGCACCAGCGCCAGGCUCUAUGGACGGACCCCGGUGGUGAGGGAGGACCUGGUGGAGGACUUCCGGCGGCGGGCCCUUGCACUGGGGAUCCCAGAGGAGGCCAUCUUUGUCCUGAGCAACCAAGGGGAGUGCGUCCCGCCCAAGGCCCAAGAUGCGCCCCAGGAGAGGGUGCGCAGGACCCCCUUGUUCGAGGAAGAAGGCUCGGCCGACGGAUUCGCACCCGCGUUCCCGGACGUCAAGGAAGCCGACUGCCAGCUGCCCCGGGACGCCGGCCCCUGCCUGGGCGCCGAGUUGCGCUUCUUCUACAACGCCAGCGCCCGCUCCUGCCAGAGCUUCCUGUACGGCGGUUGCCUGGGCAACGCCAACCGCUUCCUGUCCGAACGGGCGUGUCUGCAGACCUGCCGGACCGAAGCCGCCUGCCGCCUGCCAAUCACCCCCGGAGGCCCCUGUCCGUCAAGCUUCUGGGCCUUUGACGCCUCGCGUGGCGCCUGCGUCACUUUCCGGGGCUGCGGGGAAAACGCCAACAAGUUCUACCUGGAGAAGGAGUGCAAGGAGUACUGCGGGGUCCUGAACGAAGGUAGGGUUAAUUAG